CAGCGCUUGCUUUUGACGAUCCAUGGAGAACUGUGGAUGAGGAAAACGAUGCUAUGAUGGCCGAUCCGCUAGGACCAUCAUUUGAAAGCGGUUCCGUCAUACACAGAACACCAAAAAUUGUGAAGCACGAAAGAAUUACGGUCAUUAAACAUCAUCCUAUGCACGCUGCAGUUUCUCGACGUUUUUUCAAACACAUACCGCAAAUAUUGCACAACGAAGAUCUAAUGGAUGGACUGGCAAGAAAAAAGAGAUCAGCUCAACAAAACUGAGUGGAACGCAGUGAUUGUAUGACUUUGAA